GUGAAGUGAAAUGCGCACUACAUUCGAGCGCUCGGAGCGAACACUCGGGCUCUGGUAGAAGCACUGCGGAAAGCUGCGGAACCAGGACUUGUGAUUGGCGGAGAAAGGCAGAGUCGAAAGAGUAUAGUCAGGAAACAGCUCCGAUUUCAGGGGGGAGUGACACUCGCGGGGGUUGGAGGGAGAGUGAGUGGGGACGUAAGACGAGGAAAAAAGUCAGUAAACCUGACAAAGCGUCUGAGAACAGAACUCAGGAUUCUCGGAGGGGUAGACGAUCUGCCGUAAGGAAUCCUCGAAGUUUGUGGAUUCUGGGUUUGUUUAGGAGGACUUGUACUCGCUCUUUUGCCCAACACAUUUGUCUGUCCGAGGCUGCGUAUCUUCUCGUUUUAGAUGAAGCCUGCAGAACCAGGGAAUUUGACAACUUUUGGUGAUUGGUGAAGAGGAUAAAAAGUUCCGCGGACGUAUGUGUUUUCAAACUGUCUGGGAUUUACACAACAUUCCAGGAUUCAUGCGGCACACUGAUCAUGAGAGGGUUUCGGAAUUCCUGCGUUGUUCUGUCGUGAUUUGAGGCGUUCAACUCCGCGGAUUUUUUGGGAGUUAAGAAUUCGUUGCUUGGCAUUUUUGUUGCAGUUGGGGAGACGUCGCCCCGUCGGGACUACACACAUUCUUCUUGCGAUCCGGCCCAUGCACUCGCCUGGCUCCCUCAGUGCAUGCGGAUCGCGUCCCGAAAGUGUUUGGUCCGCCGAGUCCAGGUGAUUGGAGGAAAUUCCUGUGAGUGACAGGCCAGACCUCCUGCAGUUCAUGUUCGGGUGGAGUUCCUCAGAUGGGAUCAGUGUCCAGGGGGAGGCCGAAGAGGGGGUCAUGGGUAGACGCACCCUUCAUUAACGGGAUGUCCGCCGGAUGGGCGUGGUUGCUGGCAGUGCUCCUCCUGUCCCUGGGCACCGGCUCCAUGGCACGGCCGCCCUUCCACGCGGCAGAGGAAGAGGAGGCCACGCUGGAGCCUGAAGAGACACCGACCAAAUACCAAAUCUCUAAGCAGCCCACGCUGUGCUCGGUGCCACCGGGCGAGUUGCUGCGCCUGCACUGCCCACUGCCCGAGGCCGCUGCCGGCCACAUCUCCUGGACCAAAGACGGCGCGGCGCUGGGGCCGGACAACCGCACGGUCAUCCAGCAGGAGCUGCUGCAGAUCCGCGACGCGGCGCCCGCCGACUCGGGCAUGUACGCGUGCAGCGCGCUCGGGGUGCAGGGCGGCCAGACGCUCUGCUUCAUAGUGAACGUGACAGAUGCCAUUUCGUCGGGCGAUGACGAGGAUGACACGGAACGCUCGGAAGAUGUGGCCGUGGACGGAGAACAGAUGCGAGCGCCCGCUUGGACGAUGCCGGAGAAGAUGGAGAAGAAGCUGCACGCGGUGCCGGCGGCCAACACGGUCAAGUUCCGCUGCGCGGCGGAAGGGAACCCCCGGCCCAAGAUGCGCUGGCUGAAGAACGGCAGACCGUUUCGUCAGGAGGACCGCAUGGGCGGAUAUAAGGUGCGCCAGCAGCAUUGGACGCUGAUCAUGGAGAGUGUGGUGCCGUCGGACAAGGGCAACUACACCUGCCUGGUGGAGAACGAGUACGGCGGCAUCAACCACACGUACACGCUGGAUGUGGUCGAACGUUCCCCUCACCGGCCCAUCCUUCAGGCGGGCCUGCCAGCAAACAUCACGGUGCAGGUGGGCCAGGACGCCAAGUUUGUCUGCAAGGUCUACAGCGACGCCCAGCCACACAUCCAGUGGCUGCAGCACAUCACCAAGAACGGCAGCCGCUACGGCCCCGACGGACACCCUUACGUCCGGGUCCUCAAGACCGCAGGUGUUAACACCACGGACAAAGAAAUCGAAGUCCUCUACGUGCCCAAUGUCACUCUUGAGGACGCGGGCGAGUACACGUGUUUGGCGGGUAAUUCUAUUGGGAUCUCCUAUCAUACUGCUUGGUUGACGGUGCUUCCAGUCACCGAGGAGCCGGCUCAACCUGUGUUCCCGCCCGACUACGUGGAGAUCGCCAUCUACUGCAUCGGCGUCUUCCUCAUCGCCUGCAUGGUGGUGAUCGUGCUGGUGUGCCGCAUGCGCACGUCCACCAAGAAGCCCGACUUCGGCGGUCAGCCAGCGGUCCACAAGCUCAGCAAACAGAUUCCCCUGCGUCGCCAGGUAACAGUGUCGUCGGACUCUAGCUCGUCGAUGAGCUCUAGUACGCCGCUUGUGCGCAUCACCACGCGACGGAGCUCCGCACACGACGACCCCAUACCUGAGUAUGACCUCCCCGAGGACCCGCGCUGGGAGUUCUCCAGAGACAAACUCACGCUGGGCAAGCCCUUGGGGGAGGGCUGCUUUGGCCAGGUAGUCAUGGCCGAGGCUUUGGGCAUUGAUAAGGACAAACCCAAGGAGGCCGUCACUGUGGCUGUGAAGAUGCUCAAAGAUGACGCCACAGAGAAGGACUUAUCAGACCUGGUGUCAGAGAUGGAGAUGAUGAAGAUGAUCGGGAAACACAAGAACAUCAUUAACUUGCUGGGGGCAUGCACGCAAGAUGGCCCUCUCUAUGUGAUAGUGGAGUACGCGUCGAAGGGCAAUCUGCGGGAGUACCUGCGGGCGAGGCGGCCUCCGGGGAUGGAGUACUCGUACGACAUCGCCCGCGUCUCUGACGAGCAGCUUACCUUCAAGGACCUGGUGUCCUGCACCUACCAGGUGGCACGAGGCAUGGAGUACCUGGCCUCGCAAAAGUGCAUACACAGGGACCUGGCAGCCCGGAACGUUCUAGUCACCGAGAGCAACGUGAUGAAGAUCGCCGACUUCGGCCUGGCCAGAGACGUGCACAACAUCGAUUAUUACAAAAAGACCACCAACGGUCGUCUCCCUGUGAAAUGGAUGGCUCCGGAGGCACUGUUCGACCGGGUCUACACACACCAGAGUGAUGUCUGGUCGUUUGGGGUGCUCAUGUGGGAGAUCUUCACCUUGGGGGGGUCGCCGUACCCGGGCAUCCCUGUGGAGGAGUUGUUCAAGCUGCUGAAAGAGGGCCACCGCAUGGACAAGCCCGGCAACUGCACCAACGAACUGUACAUGAUGAUGAAAGACUGUUGGCAUGCCAUCUCCUCCCAGAGGCCCACCUUUAAGCAGCUGGUGGAGGACCUGGACCGGAUCCUCACCCUAGCAACCAACGAGGAGUAUCUGGACCUGCGCGCUCCUCCCGAGCAGUACUCGCCCAGCUUCCCAGACACACACAGCUCCUGCUCGUCCGGGGACGACUCGGUCUUCUCCCACGACCCGCUGCCGGAUGAGCCCUGCCUGCCCAAGUACCAGCACAUCAGCUCCAAGACAUGAGGGCGCCCCCUGCAGGAGGAAAUGACAGCCGGGGCGGGGGGGGGGGGGGGGGGGGGGGGGGAACGGCACGGCCACGUGCCUCAGAGACACACACACAAGCUUCCCCUGUGGGCUGGAACUUGAAGCGCAAGCUCCAUGGGGCACCACCCCGACAAAUCCCAACCCCAACCCCCCGACAACACCACCCCUACCAGCACCAGCACCACCACCACCUCCCUCAUUUCAACACAAGCCAAUAAGUGCUGUGCCUCCACCCGGCCAUGAUGUUUUCACUUGACAAUACCUCUUGUAUUCCGUAAUCGCUUCAUAUGAAUGUGCAUACAGUGUGGGCAAAUCUCACAUGCAAACAUACACACACACACACACACACACACACACACACACACACACACACACACACACACACACAC